GCAACCAGGAAACGUUGCAAACACUACUGCAAACAUUAAUCUCAGAAAGACAAUUUAUCUUUCUAUCCCACUGAAUCAACGCUGGAGGAAGCCAUCGCGCUGUUUGAACUGUAUCUCGUGGUCAUGAUCAUUUCUUUUUCGUGGGCUGUUUAUUUCAUGUUCGUGUCUAAAGCGGCCGUGGGCAAGAACUAUGGAAUAGACUGGUGAAGGUCUGACGGGGAGUUUCAGAUUGAGAUGGGGUUGAGCCUUUGAGAUGGUGAAUCUGGCUUUGUAGGGUCUCUAAAGAGGUGAAGAUGGACUUCUCCAAGUUCCUGGCGGAUGAUUUUGAUGUGAAGGACUGGGUUAAUGGAGCGUUUAAAGUGGCGCAGAAAGAUGCACCCGGGAAAGCAGACGCGCACGCUUCGACUCUGGUCAUGAAGCUGCAGCUCUUCAUUCAGGAGGUCAAUAACUCCAUAGAGGAGAGCAGUAAUCAGGCUCUGCAGAAUAUGCCGCGUGUACUGAGAGAUAUUGAGGCUCUAAAACAGGAGGCAUCAUUUCUAAAAGAUCAGAUGAUUCUGGUCAAAGAGGACAUCAAGAAAUUUGAGCAGGACACGGUGCAGUCUAUGCAGGUGCUGGUGGAGAUUGACCAGGUGAAGUCUCGUAUGCAGCUGGCAGCAGAAGCACUUCAGGAGGCUGAUAAGUGGAGCACACUCAGUGCUGACAUCGAGGAGACCUUUAAAACACAGGACGUGGCAGUGAUCAGCAGUAAACUGACUGCCAUGCAGGGCAGUUUGGCGAUGUUGGUGGACACACCGGACUACAGUGAGAAGUGUGUUCAGCUGGAGGCCCUGAAGAACCGCUUGGAGGCUCUGACCAGCACACAGAUCGUCUCCACAUUCAACUCUCUGGCCACAGAUCAAGCAAAGCUUUUUGUAAGAGUUUUUACAGAGAUGGACAGAAUGCCUCAGUUACUGGCUUACUACUACAAAUGCCACAAGGCCCAGUUGUUGACUGUGUGGGAAAGCAUCUGUCAGUCAGACGCUCCUCUGAAACAGCAGCUCUCGGAGUUCUACGACACACUUCUGUCCACAUGGCACACACAGCUUCAGUGGAGCAGCCAGGUCUUCAGGAACCCGUGUGAAGUGCUCACAGUGCUCAUGAUCCAGACGCUGGGGGCGAUGGUGCCUUCAAUCCCAGACUGCAUUGCUGAGACUCUGAAGCGCUGCUCUGGAGACUGCCGUGUAGAUGUGUUGCUGGAGCUUCAUCAGACGGCAGCAAACUUCAGCCGCAGCCUGGAGGCGGCCAUGCAGCCACAGCUCAGCGAGUGUAACCUCUUGAAGGUGGCAGAGCUGGUGUCAUGUGUUUAUUCACCUUAUAAGACUUACCAGAUGCAGUACGGAGGCCUGGAGGAGACAAACCUACUGAUCCAGCUCAGUGCUGUUCCACUGGAGCGUGGUGAGGUUCUGGACUGUGUAUUAGAGCUCACACACUCGGUUCAGAAGGUGUUUGGUUUGGCGGCGGCUGCUGUGGAUCGCUGUGUGAAGUUCACGGAUGGUCUCGGUGUGUGUGGGCUCAUCAAAGCCCUGCGCGCGCUCUUCAACAAGUACGUCUCAGACUUUUCUGUCACUCUUCAGUCAAUAAGGAAGAAGUACAAGUUGGAGGACACGCCCACUUCUGAGGUGUUUACUGAGGAUUGGACUGCUUUUCAGAACUCUGUCAGGAUCAUCGCCACCUGUGGAGAGCUGCUGAGACAGUGUGGAGCGUUUGAACAGCAGCUCUCAAACAAGAUCCUGGGGAGGGCAGGGCGUUUUUUGUGGGAGGGGUUUAAUCCCAGGAGUCUGACUGGUCUGCAAGAGGGCGUGACUGAGAGGCGGAGCCAGAAGAACCCCUGGCAGGAGUACAAUUACCUGCAGCAGAGCAACACAGCGGAGUACAAUAAUCUACUGGAGACGCUGCACUCACUCAAGGAGAAAGGAACAGGAAAUUCCAGCUUAUUGGCUGAGACCCGCGGCGCUCUCACCCGUCUGAACCAACAAGCCAAUCAGCUCGCCUUCGACUCCGUGUUCCUGCAAAUCAAACAGCAGCUUUUCCUCCUCAACAAACCUGAGGCUCGCGGCUCUGCUAGUUUGGGUGAAACGCUAACAGAUGAUCUUCCGGCCUUCAGUCUGUCACCGCAGGAGUACAUCACCAAUAUCGGUCAGUACAUCAUGUCUUUGCCUCUGCAUUUGGAGCCGUUCGUGACUCAGGAGGAUCCGGCUCUGGAACUGGCCUUACACACCGGCAAACUGCCUUACCCUCCAGAACAAGGUGAUGAUGUCCCAGAGCUGGAAAACACAGCUGAUUAUUGGCUGGGUUCAAUCGCCAGAGCCACCAUGCAGACGUACUGUGAUGUGAUACUGCAGCUUCCAGAACUCAGCGCUCAUCACACCAAACAGCUCGCCACUGACAUCGAUUACCUGAGUAACGUGAUGGAUGCGCUGGGCCUGCAGACCUCCAGAACCCUUCAGAAUAUUGUUACUCUUCUCCGUGUCAAACCGGACGAGUAUCGGCAGACGGCUAAAACCCUUCCCCGAAGACUGAGUGCCACCAUCUCCAACAUCAGAGGCCUGGAGUACUGAAAAAACAUCUCUACAGCACAUCUACAGUAGUCAAAACCUUUCAUUUAAGUGGUCAUAAAACUAUUAAGCAACACAUAUUUUUGACUUGGGACAAUUUUUUAAUCCACUUUAAAUGUUGACUAGCGUAUAUAAACGCCACUAAACAUUGAGCAUCUUUUAACCUGUUUAAAAGAAGACGUUAAAGGGAUAGUUCACCCCAAAAUGAACAUUUACUCAUUAUUUACUCGCCCUCAAGUAGUUUCAAACAUUAGCGAGUUUCUUUAUUCUGUUGAACACAAGAGAAGAUAUUUUGAAGAAUGCUGGAAACCGGUAACCAUUGACUUCCAUAAUAGAAAAACAAAUCAAAUACAAUAAAAAAAACAGCCAUUGACUUCCAUAGUGUUUUUGUUUUUAAUAUGGAUGUCAACGGCUGCUUUUCCCCAACAUUCUUCAAAGUGUCUUCUUUUGUGUUUAACAGAAGAAAGAAACUCAUAAAAGUGUAGAACCACUUGAUUAAAUAAAAAUAAAUUUUAAGAGUAGCUCUAUUAAAAAAAAAUCAUACAGAUUGUUAAAAUGUUAAACACAAAAGAAGAUAUUUCGAAGAAUGCUGAAAACUGGUAACCAUUGACUUCCAUAGUAGGAAAAAAAAUACCAUGGAAGCCAAUGGUUACAGGUUUCAAGUAUUCUUCAAAACAGCCAUUGGCUUCCAUAACAUUUUUGUUCCUACUCUGGGUGUCAAUGGCUGCUCUUUCCCCAACAUUCUUCAAAGUGUCUUCUUUUGUGUUUAACAGAAGAAAGAAACUCAUAAAAGUGUAGAUCCACUUGAGUAAAUAUAAAGAAAUUUUAAAAGUAGCUUUAUAAAAAAAUCUUACAGAUUUGUUCAAAUGUUAAACAGAAGAUAUUUUGAAGAAUGCUGGAAACCGGUAACCAUUGACUUUUAAUAGUGAAAAAGCAAACAAAUAUCAUAGAAGUUGAUGGUUACAGGUUUCAAGCAUUCUUCAAAUCAGCCAUUGACUUCCAUAGUAAUUUUGUUCCUACUGUGGAUGUUAAUGGCUGCUCUUUCCCCAACAUUCUUCAAAGUAUCUUCUUUUGUGUUCAACAAAAUAAACAAUGUCAUAAAUGCUUAGAACCACAUGAGUGAGUAAAUAAAAAGGAAUUUUAAAAGUAGUUCUAUAAAAAAUGCUUACAUAUUUUGUUCAAAUGUUGAACACAGAAGAUAUUUUGAAGAAUGCUGGAAACCACUAAAUAUUGACCUCUGUGGUAUUUGAUUUUAAUAUGUUAGUCAAUAGUUACAGGUUUCAAGCAUUCUUUGCAACAGCCAUUGACUUACAUAGUAUUUUUGUUCCUACCAGGGAUGUCAAUAGCUGCCCCCCCCAACAUUCUUUAAAGUAUCUUCUUUUGUGUUCAACAGAAGAAAACAAACUCCUACAUGGUUAGAAUCACUUGAGUGAGUAAAUAAAAAGGGAAUUUUAAAAGUAGCUCUAUAAAAAAAUUUCUUACAGAUUUGUUAAUGUUUAACACAAAAAGAAGAAAUUUUGAAGAAUGCUGAAAUCCGGUAACCAUCGAGUUCCAUUGUAAAAAAAAAAAAAAAAAAAAAAUUCAAACACCAUGAAAGUCAAUAAUUACAGGUUUCAAGCAUUCUUCAAAACAGCCUUUGACUUCCAUAGUAUUUUUCUUCCUACUAUGGAUGUCAAUGGCUGCUUUUUAUUUCAACAUUCUUCAAAGUAUCUUCAACAGAAUAAUCUCUAUCAAACAGGUUUGGAACAAGUAAAUGCUAAUUGAAUUACAUUUUUGGGUGAACUAUCUCUUUAAAGGUUUGGGGAAGUAACAAAUAAUAGACUUGGGUGUAAUCGUGCGGUACAGAUCAUGUGCUGGAAUUUCUUCCUUAUUGAGUGUAAUUAUGAGGUCAGUUGUUGCAUAUUUAUUUUGCUCUUGUCUGGAUGUUUGUUUGCCAUUUGGAGGAAGAAUCGAUACUGAACAGCUCUUGUGUUUCUAGUUAAUCAGGCUACAUGCUAACCUUUGCAUCUUUCUGAUUGUUUAUAUUAUCUUUGUUCAUAUGGGGAGAGUUUCAUACCGCACUUAAAGAAAUAUAUGAAUGAAGUUUUGUUAACAAAAUAAAGCUUACGGACUGA